GCGGCUGGGGGGGGUGCGCUGGGAAAAGGGGGCGGGGUCCUCAGAGCUGCCGCGCUGGCACAUCUUCCUGGAGGAGGGGAGGGUGCGGCUGCAGAGAACUGAGACCUAGAGACAGAAUUUCUGUAUCUGAGCACCUACUGGUUGGGGCUCGGGGAGGGACUGGGCUUUGGGGCCCUAAAGAAGGUGAGGAUCAGCUUCUAGGCAGAACAAGGGAUACGACGUUCAGCGGGCUCUCCACUUGACCCCGGCCUUCUCUUUGAACUCAGCUUUGCCAGGUGAACUUGAGACAUGUCUGACACAAGCGAGAGUGGUGCAGAUCCAGCUCGCUCUCAGGGCAAAGCUUCAGAAAAGGACAGCGGCUCCGUGAUGCAGGACCUGUUGACCGUGACCCAGAACUUGGAGGUCUCAGAGACACCAAAGGCUGAAAAGGCACCAGAGGUCUCAGAGGCUGCGAAGGCUCCAAAAGCCUCUGGAAACCCAAAGGCGACAGAGGUCUCAAAGGCCCCAGAGGCUUCUGAGGCAGCUGACACCCAGGCCUCACCUACCACACAGCUGAGUGAGACCCAGGUUCUGGCAACGGAAAAUAAGAGUCCAGCAGCUGACACCAAGACACAGAAGGCUGACCUGCAGGCUAUGACAGUGCCUGCAACCCAGACCAAAAAGGUCAGCUGUGUUACCGAUCCGAAGGGCAAUACAAAGGCUCCGGAGACUGAGGCUCCUGCCUCUCAGGCUGGGGCAGAUGAACCAGAGCCUGAGGGUGCAGCUGUCCGGGUUCAGGAGAAUCAGGAUACUCGGCCCAAGGUCAAAGCCAAGAAUACCCAAAAGGGGAAACACCUGGACGGAGAAGAGGAUGGCAACAGUGAUCAGAGUCAGGCUUCAGAAGCCACAGGUGGUCGAAGGGUCUCAAAGGCCCUAAUGGCCUCCAUGGCUCGCAGAGCUUCAAGGGGACCCAUAGCCUUUUGGGCCCGCAGGGCAUCAAGGACUCGGUUAGCUGCCUGGGCUCGGAGAGCUUUGCUCUCCCUGAGGUCACCUAGAGCUCGGAGAGGCAAGGCCCGAAGAAGAGCUGCCAAGCUGCAGUCAUCCCAGGAACCUGAGGCACCCCCACCCAGAGAUGUGGCCCUCUUACAAGGAAGGGCAAAUGAGUUGGUGAAGUACCUGUUGGCUAAAGAUCAGACAAAGAUUCCCAUCAGGCGCUCAGAUAUGCUGAAGGACAUCAUCAAAGAAUAUACUGAUGUAUACCCUGAAAUCAUUGAACGAGCCGGCUAUUCCUUGGAGAAGGUAUUUGGAAUCCAACUGAAAGAAAUUGACAAGAAUGACCACUUGUAUAUUCUUCUCAGUACCUUAGAGCCAACUGAUGCAGGCAUACUGGGAACGACCAAGGACUCACCUAAGCUGGGCCUCCUCAUGGUGCUUCUUAGCAUCAUCUUCAUGAAUGGAAAUCGGUCCAGUGAGGCUGUCAUCUGGGAGGUGCUGCGCAAGUUGGGGCUGCGCCCUGGGAUUCAUCACUCACUCUUUGGAGAUGUGAAGAAACUCAUUACUGAUGAGUUUGUGAAGCAGAAGUACCUGGACUACGCCAGAGUACCCAAUAGCAAUCCUCCUGAGUAUGAGUUCUUCUGGGGCCUACGCUCUUACUAUGAGACCAGCAAGAUGAAAGUUCUCAAGUUUGCUUGUAAGGUGCAAAAGAAGGAUCCCAAGGAAUGGGCAGCUCAGUACCGAGAGGCAAUGGAAGCAGAUUUGAAGGCUGCGGCGGAGGCUGCUGCCGAAGCCAAGGCGAGGGCUGAGAUUCGAGCUCAGAUGGGCAUUGGGCUUGGAUCUGAGAAUGCUGCUGGGCCCUGCAACUGGGACGAAGCUGAUAUUGGACCCUGGGCAAAGGCCCGGAUCCAGGCAGGAGCUGAAACUAAAGCCAAAGCCCAAGGAAGUGGUGGUGCCAGUGGCAACGCUGGUGCCGGUGCCAGCACCGGUACCAGUGUUGGUGCCAGUGGCAGUGCCAGCGCUGGUGCCAGCGCAGGUGCCAGUGGUGGCUUCAGUAACAACUCCAGCCUGACUGCCAGUCUCACAUUUGGGCUCUUCGCUGGCCUUAGUGGAGCUGGGGCCAGUACCAGCAGCAGCUCUGGUGCCUGUGGUUUCUCCUACAAGUGAGAUACAGAUUGCUAAUAAUCACAGCGUCGUCUUCUCAAGCCGGGGUGCACUCUCAAAAACUUACUCAAUGCAGUGCUCCAGGCAGCCACUAUCAAUCAACUGAAGUCGACACUCUAUAUUAAAUCUAUUUGCCAUUUCUGA